AUGUCAGCCAAGCUCGUAGAGAUGGAUCGGGCAGGACUGGUGAAGGCCUUGUCGGCGAUGGGAGUUUACGACAACAAGUUGCUGCUGGCAUCGGUGUCUUUGCUCGGCACAGAGGUCGUCCCGUCCUAUGCCGAUCAGAUGGCAACGAGGUACUGCUUCCGGAUCAGCUCCACAUCCUUUGCGCCACCGGCGCCACCCCAGGGCCCCGGCCCUGCGAAGAACGUGCCGACAAAAGCAACAGAGACGUCCAAGGAGACAGAAGAGGGCGACCUGUCUCCAAACAAUGACCGGGCAGAGCUAGAGCUGGCCAACGAAAAGGUUGCGGAAGGAAUUCAGCAGGCGUUUAUCUGA